AUGUCUUGUGUGGCCGCUCCAUGUCUAGACGAGCUCAUUCAAAAAUUUUGGGAAACGGAGGAGAUUCCCUCUAAAAUCAUUUACUCUUCAGAAGAGGAGCUAUGUGAAACGCAUUUUCGUCAAACCCAUUCGCGGAAUGCGGAUGGCCGUUAUAUGAUUCGAUUGCCAUUCCGAAAUAAUCAGCCUCCCGUUCUGGGCGAUAGUUAUAAUCUCGCUCAGCGGUUGUAUUCCCAAACGGAACGACGAUUACUUUGCAAUAGCAACCUUGCUGCGGAAUACAAUAAAUUCCUCGCUGAAUACGAAGUUUUAGGGCACAUGGAGCAGGUUCGCGAUUCCACCGCGCACUGUCGGCCUGUUUAUCUUUCUCACCAUCCCGUGAUCUGGGAGAGCAGCUCGACAACCAAAGUACGCGUUGUAUUUAACGCUUCGAGUGUCACGUCCAACGGCUCUACUCUGAAUGAUUGCUUAUUAGUUGGGCCUAAGCUUCAAAACGAUCUUGGCGGAGUUUUGCUGAGCUGGCGCUCGUAUCGUUACGUCUAUCUGGCGGACAUUGAAAAAUGUUCCGUCAGAUUCUGGUGCAUCCCGACGAUGUGA